AUGGGAACUAUUUGGUUAAGAACUGUUUUGGGGGAAACCCCUCUCACAAAAACGAUUGAUAUUAGAUACAUCAUAGUAGAUUGCAUAAGCCCAUACAACAUCAUUUUAGGCAGACCAGCUUUAAAUACUUUUGGUGCAAUUGUAUCCACUUUACAUCUGUGUGUUAAGUUUCCAGUACAGGACGAACUCAUCGCUACAGUACACGCCGACCACAAAGAAGCACGGCAAUGCUACCACACUAGCUUAAAACAACAAGAAUUGAACAAAGCCAUUCCAGCACGGGUACAAGCCGUGUACAGCUCGGAUGACCCUCCUCCCCUUAAUAAGCUCGACCCAAGGGAGGAAUUCCGAGAACGACCUCAAGCACUGGACGAGCUUGAGAAGGUAACGUUUUAUGGAAGUACUAACAAGUUUACAUACAUAGGUAAUGCACUUUCAGGUAAGGAAAAAGCUCGACUAAUAAAGCUCCUCAGAGACAACACCGACCUCUUCGCAUGGACACCAAUAGAUAUGCCAGGCAUCAACCCCAGCAUUAUAUGCCAUAAGCUAGUCGUGGACCCAACAGUCAAGCCCAUGGCUCAAAAGAAGCUCAACUUGGGAGAGGAAAGACGACAAGCAUCCUUAGAGGAAACCAAAAAACUAUUGUCAGCAGGAUUUAUCAAAGAAGUAAGGUUCACAACAUGGCUGUCAAACGUCGUAAUGGUAAAAAAGAACACAGGUAAAUGGCGCAUGUGCGUCGACUUCACAAACCUUAACAAGGCAUGCCCCAAAGAUGCAUAUCCACUACCUUGUAUUGACAAGCUGGUAGAUAGCGCAUCCGGUUUUAAUUGUCUAAGCUUCAUGGAUGCAUAUUCUGGAUACAACCAGAUUCUAAUGCAUCCUGAAGACCAACAUAAGACUGCAUUUAUAACAGAAUUUGGAAACUAUUGUUACACAGUAAUGCCUUUUGGCCUUAAGAACGCAGGUGCAACAUACCAGCGACUAAUGGAUAAAAUGUUUAGAAAUCAAAUUGGGAGAAACAUUGAGGUCUAUGUCGACGACAUGGUAGCCAAAACAUCACAGGGGAACUCACAUUGCGAUGACUUAACCGAGGUCUUUGGUCAGAUCCGAGCAUAUAACAUGAGGUUAAACCCGGAAAAAUGCACUUUCGGUAUACAAGGUGGAAAAUUUCUGGGCUUCAUGUUGACAUCCAAGGGAAUCGAAGCAAAUCCUGAGAAAUGUGCUGCGAUACUUGACAUGACCUCGCCAAAGACUGUGAAGGAGGUGCAAAAGCUCACAGGAAGAAUAGCAGCCUUGUCCCGGUUCCUGCCGGCAAUAGCAGACAGAUCUUUUCAUUUUUUCCAAGCAAUAUCGAAGCAUAAACAGUUUACUUGGACAAAUGCCUGCGAAGAAUCUUUUAGGAAGCUGAAAGCAAUGCUGAUGUCUCCCCAGAUACUACAGAGUCCGGAGGAGGGUAAACCAUUAUAUUUGUAUUUAUCUGUAUCUAAUCACGCUAUAAGUUCGGCUCUUGUGCUUGAAACAGGAAAAACACAAAAACCAGUAUAUUUCGUCAGCAAGGUCCUACAGCCCACCGAGCAAAGAUACCCAAUGGUAGAGCAACUGGCUCUGGCCCUGAUCACCACAUCAAGAAGGCUCAGACAUUAUUUCCAAAGCCACACCAUCAUCGUGCGGACAGAUCAACCCCUUCGGCAAAUAUUAGCAAAACCGGAAGUAGCAGGAAGGUUGAUCAAAUGGUCUAUCGAAUUAUCAGAAUUCGAUAUCCAGUAUCAACCCAGGCCAGCUUUGAAGUCACAAAUCCUGGUGGACUUCAUUGCUGAGUUCACCUGUCCACAUAACACUGCCGGACCGAGCACAGGGAUGAUGUAUGUUGACGGAGCAUCAAACAAUGAAGGAAGCGGAGCAAGAAUUAUACUUGAGUAUGAGGACACCAUCAUAGAACAGUCCGUAAGAUUCUCUUUUGAAGCCAACAACAAUCAAGCAGAAUACGAAGCUUUACUAGCCGGAUUAAACCUCGCCAUCAAACUACAGAUACCAAGAAUCGUCGUACAUUGUGAUUCGCUGUUAAUAGUACAACAGGUGAACGGAUCUUUCCAGGUAAAGGACCCCUUACUAGAGCGAUAUUGGAAUAUGGUAAGAAAACUUAUCUUGACAUUCGAUAAAUUCAAAAUUAUUCAUGUUCCAAGAGGAAAUAACCAGAGAGCGGACAUACUAUCUAAGUUGGCAACAAGCAGAAAAGGCACUUCGCCCAAACUGUCACAAUUAAUGCUAGAAGAACCUAGCGUGAACCUAACAUAUAUUUUAAGCAUGUCACAGGAACUAGAUUGGAGAGUACCCAUCAUAGAUUAUCUCCUCCACGGAACAAUACCUACCAGUGAGACAAACCCAAAACUAUUCCGAAGACAAGCAAGCUUCUAUGUGUUGGUCGGCGCCGAGCUAUACAAGAGAGGAUUUUCACAACCACUCCUCAAAUGCCUAAGCAAAAAGGAAUCAGCAGAAGCCAUGGACGAAGUCCAUGAAGGAGUCUGCGGAAAUCACAUAGGUGGGAGAAGCCUAGCAGCAAAGCUACUCAGAGCAGGUUACUACUGGCCGACCAUAAGAAAAGAUUGCAUAAACAAAGUAAAAAAAUGCGAUCACUGUCAAAAACAUGCAACGAUAAUGCACAGCCCUGCCGAGGUGUUGCAUAGCACGGAGGUAACUUGGCCAUUUUUCAGAUGGGGAAUGGACAUCUUAGGACCAUUUUCAACAGCACCAGGUCAGGUGAUGAGCGGAUAA